ACCUCUCUCUGUGUGGGAGUGUGUGAGCUCUUCACACCCGAGACCGCGCUUUCGGCAGCGGAACACUUUCCGGAAGCCAGGAACGCGAAAAGAACUCGGUUUCGAUUCUGCCCCAAACCGAAACUCAGCCUUUCACCCUGGAAGUCUCGGGGCGUUUGCAGCACAAGAUGGCAGAUGCCGGCAUGGCGGUGGUGCAGGAGCAGUUCGGCUGCUCGGUGUGUCUGGAGAUCUUGAAAGAUCCCGUGACCAUCCCCUGCGGGCACAGUUACUGCGCGGAGUGCAUUGAGAACUGCUGGGACCGGGGCGUCUACAGCUGCCCUCAGUGCAGAGAGACCUUCUCCCCACGGCCAGCUCUGCGCACCAACGUCGUGCUGGCCGAGGUCGUGAAAAAACUGGGGAAAACCGGGCUCGGCGCUGCCUCUCCUCCUACUCCUCCGCCGCCGCCGCCCCCGGCGUGCUGUCCGGCUGGCCCCGGAGACGUGCCCUGCGACGCCUGCCCGGCCGUCAAGAUGAGAGCCGUGAAGUCCUGCCUGGUGUGCCUGGUCUCCUACUGCGAGGCCCACCUCAGGCUGCAUCAGGAGGUCAUCCCGGGAAACCGGCACCGCCUGGUCCGCGCCGACGUCGGGCGCCUGCAGGAGAUCGUCUGCGGCGCUCACGGCAUGCCCCGGAACGUCUAUUGCCGUCGGGACCGGGAAUGCGUCUGCUACCUGUGCAUCCUGGACGGGCACCGAGGCCACGACACCGUCUCCACCGCGGCAGAACGCAAGGAGAAACAGGUAGAAGCCCGCAGGUUGUGGGGAUGGGGGAUCUGGGAAUUUAAGGACUGGCCAAGACCUGCCUUUCCUGCUCGUAAACAGCUGCAGAGGGAAGAGGUUAGCGCUGAAUCCUGAUCUAC